CGCCAGACAAGCUGAUGACGAUAAUACGCCAUGCCAGCGCCUGGAAAGAACCGCCGCCCAAAAGGAAACCUAGGGGGCCUGCACAGGUGAUGCAAGCGUCAGCCGCAAGUUCAACUUCGGUGACCCACCCUGAACCUCCUCCACUUCACAAAGCGCGCCACCCACUGACCAGAUGGCAACAAAGUGCUCCAGCUUAGCCGCCUUGAGCUGUGCGGCCCACAGCUGCUGCAGCCACGUCCUCGCCUGCGCAUAAGCUGGACACUCCAGGAAGAUGUGCGUCAGGCUGGCCCACGCCCGCGGGCCAGGUGGCCCGCAGGCGGGGGUGCUUGUUGUCGGUGGGGACUGGAACGGUGUCACCGAUGCCAGUCAGGAGGCGGCCCCUAGCCCGUCACGUGCUGCAGGUGCCCCGCAACUUGCCAGCCUCCUCGCCCAGUUCAGUCUGGUGGACCCUUGGGCGAGCAAGCGUGGCGGCGCCAAGGGCUACACGCAUCCGGCCACACCCAAGCCGGCCUCUCCCGCACGCCUGGAUCGGUGGUAUGUCAGUGCCACCGCGGCGCCGUGGGUGCUGGAUGUCGCACGCACGUAUGGGGCGCCUGGGGACCACAACGGUGUGCUGCUCACCCUGUCCUUGCCCGACCUGCCACAUGCGCACCGGGAGCAGUGGCGCUUCCCCACAUACCUGCUGUUUCACCCCUCGCUGCGUCUGGAGCUCGAGCAGCGCUUGGAGGCGCACGUUGCCGCAAAUCCCGUGACCAGUACAGGUGACGGCGCUUGCACGCAAUGGGAGGCGGACAAGUUCUUCUUGCGGGAGGCCGCCACCAGCUACACCAGCAUCCACCGUCGGCAUGCACGCCAGACCCGGGACGGGCUGCAUGGCGUGGUGCUGGCCGCAGACGCGGCCGCUGCCCUGGCCGACCGGCCGGGUGCCAGCGCCGCGCAGCGUCAGGCUGCGGCCCUGGCCAACUUGGUGGUGCGGGAGGAGCGGGCAGCUGCCGCAGCGGCCAGCCACAAUGCCCGCGCUGCACUGAUGGAGGAGCAUGGGGAGCGGGGCACUCGCUGGUUCCAUCGGCAGGCUGACGAGCCAGCAGCCGGCGCGCAGGAGCCCAUCACGCACUUGAAGGUGCCGGGGCAACCGGCGCCUGUGGCGCUCACGGGGCCGGGCACGCGCAACACUGUCUCCGCAGCCGCCGCAGCCAUGUACAGCAGCACCAGCCCCACCGGCCUGUUCCGCGUGCAGCCGGUCUGUACGGCGUCGCAGCAACAGCUUCUGGCGGCCAUUGACCGCAAGGUUCCGGCGGAUCUGCAGGCCGCCGCAGAGGGGUCCGGUGACGGCGCCCUCAGUGAUGCAGAGCUGAUGGCAGCGCUGGCUGGCUCCGCCAAUGGUAAAGCGCCUGGGUCGGACGGGGUCCCGUACGAGGUGUACAAGGUUUUCUGGGCGCUGCUGGGUCCACGCUUGUGUGCUGCUGCUGCCGCUGCCUUUGCUGCCCCUGCAGACGCCCACGAUGGUGGUGAAAUGGCGGCGGCGCUGCCCGCCUCCUGGCGGGAGGGCAUCAUCACCGUCAUCUACAAGGGCAAAAGCCUGGACCGCGCGGAGCUGGCGUCCUACCGGCCCAUCACGCUGCUCAACUGCGACUUCAAGAUGGUGUCCAAGGCCGUCAGCGCCCGCCUGCAGCCCGCCCUGGAUGCAGUUCCUGGGUUCGAAUCCCGGUCACCCCACCAGGAAGGGCCCUGGUUUACCAAAACCCAUCCACACCUUGGUGGUGUGUAGACCCCCCCUGUGGUGCAGGGAGUCUCUGGGGUACAAGGCUGGAGCUCUGGGCCUGCAACUGGAGAGCUUUCAAGUUCAAGAUCCAAGAUUCAAGUGGAGCUCUGGGCCUGUCAACUGGAGAGCUCUAGAUGAUCUGUGUGGUCAAGGCAGUGGCUGUAGUUGUCACCUAGCUGUUGAGAACUCCAGUAGGUGUGUGGUGUCACCUGGCUGUUGAGGUUUCCAGUAGGUGUGUGGUGGAACAAACUUCUCUUCUCUUCUCUGAUCUCAGGCCCUAUCAAGGUUCUGUGAUAUGAUCCAGGCUGCCUUGGCAGUAGGGUGGUAGUGCGUCUACCACUGCAACCUUGUAAGGAUGACUUUAAAAAAAAAAAAAGUUGUGGAUGAGCUGCAGACCCCUGUUCAACCUUGUAAGGAUGAUUCCUC